AGCAUUUACUGCUUUUGGCGCACUCUAAUACCAAGCCAGUUUACUAUAUGCUGUCGCCUUGAAUUCAAUCGUUCAACAGUAUAGUUCAGUAUCAGACAGUUUCUCAAAAUGGCAGAUAUCAGUAAAGAUGAGCUUCGUAAAGAAAUUACCGCUAUCCUUAAGGAUGCGGACUUAACUGCAACAUCGUCAAAAAAAGUUCGUCAAGAACUUGAAGAAAAAUUAGACUGUGAUUUAAUAUCACGAAAAAAGGAAAUUGAUGACUUAGUUAUGGAGUACGUUCAUUCUAAAGAUAAGAAAAAUAAGAAAAAGCCACAACAGGAUAGUGAAGAAGAAGAAGAGGAGGAAGAAGAUGAAGAGGAAGAAGAAGAGUCAGAAGAAGAAAAAAAACCAGCUAAGCGUGGUGCUGCCGCAAGUAAAAAAACUCCCGCCAAAAAAGCAAAGAAAGCAUCUUCUGAUGACUCUGCCAGUGAAGGAUCAGAAGCUGAGUCUGAUGAAGAAUAUUCACCUAAAAAAGCCAAGCCACCAAAGGGCCGUAAACUUCCCCCCAAAAAGAAGAAGGGGUCAGAUAGUGAUUCUGAUGAAGAUUGGGGUAAAUCAGCUAAAAAAAGCGGCGGUGGCGGCAAGAAGGCUGGUGGUGCCAAACGCGGGGGUGGUGGUGGAUACACAAAAGCUCACAAUCUAUCACCUGAACUUGCUUCAUUAAUGGGACAAGAUGUAAUGGCCCGCCAUGAAGUAGUUAAGAAAAUUUGGCAAAUAAUCAAAGAACGUGAUUUAUAUGAUCCUAAAAACAAACAGUUUGCCAUUUGCGAUGAUGAUUUAUUCAAAGUUAUGGGUGUUAAGCGAUUCCGAACAUUCGGAAUGAUGAAAUAUUUGAAAACCCAUUUCGUUGAUUAAAUUUUUCAUUACUUU